UCUUGCAAAAUAUAGUAUAGUAUCAAAACCAGGUACUGACAUUCAUACAAUCAAGAUAAAGAACAUGUCCAUCGAUCUAUCCCCUGGUAGCCCUCUUUGUUUUAUGCUGCAAUUUUGGGGCAGACAGUUGGAGUAUUGAUGUUGUUGUCUUCUGCUAUAUUAUGCGAAAAGCUUUGUAUUAACAGGAAUAACUUUUCUGGCUCUGAAAGCUAUCUUUUAAUGAAGGAGUGCAAUGGUGACAGUCAGAUGGGUAAUACAUAGCCACAGCAUGCUGCUUAGGCCAAGGUUAGUGAAGGAUGAGCGCCCUUCAGACAAACUGCUGCUCCAUGGUCCUGCUAGCACUUCUUCAGAGUAAGCGGCCUCAUGCUCCAGGUGUUUCCCAUCUCCAUCUACUUACAAGACAAUGGUGAUUUUUACAGACACACAGUAAUACCAGGUUUCAGCCUUGGAAGCAUUCUGCCCUUCGUGGAGGACCCAGUCCCCUUGUUAUCAAGCCAGUAAGGCCCUUUUUAGCUCCUGGUGCAGUGUCCAUCCUGGAUGAACUCCCAGAGUUGGGCUUUCUCGAUCUUGGCAUCCUGCUUGUUUGCGACCUAUUUACAGGUAGCACUGCUUAACUUGCUGCCACAAUUAUCCUUACACCCUUCCUGUAACUCUCGUUCCCCUGUGGCCUUCCAGCCAGAAAUUUGGUCCUUGGACCUGGCUUCUCAGCAAUUAGCCCUAAGAGGGAAGAAUCUGCUGUCUUCUGGAAAUAGACUGAAAGCACCCAGAGCUUCCCCACACCUUCAGAUUUGGCACCUUGCUGCCCAGGAGCUUUCUUCAGCUAGCCUUCCCAGUAUGGCCAGUUCCAACAGCAGUGCAGGCAUCCGGUGGUCCAGACAGGAGACACGAACUCUUCUUUCCAUACUUGGUGAGGCAGAAUAUAUUCAACGCCUCCAGACUGUGCAUCAUAAUGCAGAUGUCUAUCAGGCUGUGUCUAAGAGGAUGCAGCAGGAAGGCUUCCGCCGCACGGAACGUCAGUGCCGCUCCAAGUUUAAAGUUCUGAAGGCAUUAUAUUUAAAGGCAUAUGUUGCCCAUGCCACAAGCAUGGGUGACCCACCACACUGUCCAUUUUAUGAUACAUUGGAUCAGCUUCUCCGAAAUCAGGUAGUGACUAACCCAGACAACUUAAUGGAGGACGCUUCUUGGGCCAAGCAUUAUGAUCAGAACUUAGUGGCCUCUGACACCGCAGGGGAAGAGGGAACCAGCAUUCUGAGAGCAAAAAGCACUAAGGCAGCAGAUCAUCAGCCGAUCUCAAAAACAGUUAAGGAAUCAGAUGAGGAUUGUCAACUGAGAAUCAGUGACCAGAUGCAAGAAACCAGUGACCUUGAGGACUCCUGGGAAGAAUCCUCAGGCGCAGGGUGCUCUCAAGGGACCCCCAGCUACAGCAGUUCCCACCACCUUUUCAGAGGUACAGUUGCUCCCUGUCAGAGCAGCCCCAUGACCAGACUGGGUGUGUCCGGUGAGCCCAGUCCCUGCACCAGCACCAGCCGAAACACUCCUGGGGUGGCCUCCACACAGCAGCCUCCAAUCUCCUCCUCCGGAGUUCCUUUUGUUUCUGGUGGGGAUAGGCCUUUGACCAGUGAGCCCCCUCCAAGGUGGGCAAGGCGAAGAAGGCGGUCAGUGGCCAGGACUAUUGCAGCUGAAUUGGCAGAAAACAGACGAUUGGCACGAGAACUUUCAAAGCGUGAGGAAGAAAAAUUGGACAGGCUGAUUGCUAUUGGUGAGGAGGCCAGUGCUCAGCAAGACACGGCCAACGAGCUCCGCAGGGAUGCCGUGAUCGCAGUCAGACGCUUGGCGACAGCAGUGGAAGAGGCAACUGGAGCUUUUCAGCUAGGGCUUGAAAAAUUACUUCAGAGGUUAAUUUCAAAUACCAAAAGUUAGGAACUGAUUAUAAAAGGGUGUAUAUCCUAAACACUUGCCUUUUGGUACCCUGGCUCCUUUUCCAUGUCCUCAGAAAAAAAGAGUGGAUGAGCCAUAAAUAUGCAGAAGAAUAGAAUAUACUUGCUAGUUGCUUUUCCCAAAUUUCUCCACUAAUUAAAGACUUUGGCUAUGUGAGAGGUGGCCUGAUGGAAAACAGAUGGAGCCAAGUCCAAAAAGCUAAUUAACCCUGGCUUUGUCACUGAUGUGAGGCAAUUUAGUUUUCUCUCUCUACACCAGUUUCCUCAUCAGUAAAAUGGAGCUAGAAAUAGUUCCUGACAUGCCUACCUCACAGGGUUGUUGUGAGGAUCAAAUGGCUAAUAGAUGUGAAAGGGUUUAAAAAUUUAAAAGCACUAUACACAUAUAAGUUAUUAAUGUAUAUGACCUUGGCCAGGCUAAGGCAAGGGUGAUGAGGCACAUUAGUUGACAAGAUAUAGAAUUAUUGUAUACCAUGACCUCAUUGCUUGAAUAUUUGUUUAUUUGUUUAACUUGUCUGUUUUCUGAAGUUUAAAGUCUUCAUUUUUUUUAAACCUUCUAUAGCUCAAGACUACUAUAGAUGCAACAUGUAUUUGUAUCUUUCUGUUAUUUCCACUGCUGUGUCUGUGACAUACCUACUAGUAAGCACUCAAUAGUCACGCCAUCUUCCCUCCAUUUUAAUAGUUCCUAGUCUCUAUAAGGAUACAAUUGAGAACUGACAGGGAGCCACAAUCGUGUGUUAUGGUUCAUAUUGAUAAUCUGAUAUCAUGGGCUAUUUUAUAAAAUACUAAAUAUAAGUAAAUUCUUUGCAUUCUAUAUUAUUUGGUUUCCUUACAUGCAUAAUUAUAUAUCUUUAAGUUUGGGUUGUUAUUUGAAUAUCAUGGAAAGAAUUUGGAUUUUAUCAAUUUCCCAAGUUCUUAUGGCUAAUUUCAUUCUUUUCUAUUAGUCUUCUUUCUGUCUCAUGUGAGAAGGGAAUCCCUAGAAAACUUCCCUUCUAGGGAACUUUCCAAAGUCUCUUUUUCUCACAUGGUGUAGAUGAAAAAUCUCCUAGUUAGUGGCAUACAGUGGAAGAGAACAACUUUGGGAACAGUUGAGGGUAGUGUAAAAGACCACCUGCGCUAGGUAACUCCUUUGAGGCACGAGCUCUCAACAAAUCUGUUUUUGCCAAAAACAUACCUUUGGGAUGUAGAAAUGUGUUGAGCCAUAUUUCCAAUUUAAAAAGUUUUUCUUCAUUCUAGAGGCUGAAAAUAAAUGUCUGAGCAUGCUGGGAGAGGCUUUAUAUUUUGCAGGCUUGGGUACUUAAUGCUGGAAAUACAAAUAAGUGUAGAAAUAGUCCAAAAAACAGUGGGAACAUAUGUAAACCAUGAAUAGAUGGCAAGAAAGUGAGCUGCUCUGAUAAGUGGGUGGUGGAUGUAGGAGGCAGCUGGUAUGGUAGCAUACACUGGAAUCUAGUUAGAACUCCUGGGUUCUAAUCCUGUCACAGUUAUAUUGGCAGUUCAUUUGAAUAGGCCAUUAUAUGGAGGGUUAGACGUCAGUUAUACCUGGGUAACACUAACAUAGGUAGGUAAAGUUUUUGGAAAAACAGGGAAGUACUUGGUGAACAAUUAGGCCUGUAAUAUAUAGAUCUAUUAAUGGUAGCAAAAUAUAUAGGCAAGGAUUUAUUUCAGAUAAUAGAAGUGCUAAAGUACAGAAGUGGAAUUAAACUUUGGAGGUAGUGUUGUGAAAAGUAAUGGGUGAAGUAACCUUAAGGUGGGAAUAAAACUAAAGGGAAAGGCCUUAAAGUAAACAGAGAAGUGGGCAAAAUAUUGUUAAGAGGCGGGAAGUUGUAAUAAGGGGACAUUGUGUGGAAAAAACAAGCCCAGAAAUCUUGCGUAAGCUCUAGACCCAACCAUUACUAUCUGUCCAUCCUUAGGUGGGUCAUUUCACCAUUCUGUAACUCAGGAUCCUUACCUAUAAAGUGGGAAAUUAAUACUAUCCUACCUACCUCACUGGAAUGUUGUGAGCAUCAAAUGAACAGAUGAAUGUAAAAAUGCUCUCACGCACAUGGAAGACACCAUACUGUGACAGUAGUGGGAAAGAAAACCCAGUAACACAUUAGUGCUGAUGUGUGCCAGGUCCAAGGGUCUGCUGACUGGGCAAAGACAAGGAAGGAAGAGGAAGUGGCAUCGCUGGUAAAAGUUGUGAUACAAUGGUAGGAUUAACACUCUGCCUCCUAAGGAUUGUGAUGUAAAUGAGGUGCUGUGUAUACCAACCUCCCACCACCCU